CCGAACCCGAACUCCGAGAAGCCCAUGGCGAAUCUCCUCAUCUCCAAUUCUCCUGUACUCCCUCUCCCUCCCGCCACACGUGUCAUCCCCCUGUCGCACGUACCAUCAUCUUCCCCGACCAUUCGCUUCUCCACCGGCCAGCCAACCCGCCGCUUGAAUGGCCGAGGGUCGACGGUGGUGACACGUGCGGGUCCCAACACGAGCAGCUACUUGUUCGCUUUCGCGGUCCCAUUCUCGCUUCUUGCUGUCACCAUUUUCACUUCUAUCAAGAUUGCUGAUAAGCUCGAUAGAGACUUUCUUGAGGAGGUUGCUAUUAACCAAGCAAUACGGGAAGCUGAAGAGGAGAGUGAUGAUGUAGAGAUUUCAGUAGAGGAGAUAGUGCAGGAACCUGUGCUUCCACGUACUCGGAACCGGCCCAAACGAGAAGCUUAGUGCAGAGUUUAUGAUUCUUUUAGGAGCUUAGAUAAGGCACACAAGAGUAAGAAAAAAAAUCAUCCCCUGCACUUUCUACUUCCUAGUCCUUUUGACAGCAGUUAUGGUUAUGUAUUAUUGUGAACAUAUAAGUAACUUUCUUAGGAACUUUGUGUGUGUAUAUGGACAGAAUGGAUAAAUAAGAGGAACUAUAGAAACCGCAAAAAGCAGAAAAACAGAGCAGACAAUAGAGUAGAAGGAAAAGAGAAAAAUAUUUGAGGCUUGAAUCUGCUACUUCCUCAUUGAAAACAUAAUUGAAUACCUCCAUGCUGUCCAGACAA